AUGUUUGCAUUCGCUCUCGUUUCCGUUGUCUUCGCGGCGGCUGCCAACGGCUUGCCAAACGUUGGCAUCCGACAAGACUUCGACUCCUGCGGAACUCUCGCGAAUUCAUCUCCCAACGGAUCCAACUUCACUCUAGUUGCUUCCAGCGUGGCAGACGGCGCGAACAGCGCGCUCGUGCUUGGCCCCAACAGCAUCGGCAUCUCGGGCGCAAACGCUGUUUUGGUGACCGCCGCUUCAUACACCGGGGGCGGUUACCCAGGGCCAAGCUGGUCGCUACUCGAAGGCGCUCUCAUAGCAUCCGCUGACCCGGCUGGCGCGUCCGCGUAUGAUUUGUCCGUCAAUGCUGGAUCGGGGCUUGGCUUCAUAGUCUCUGAGGAAAACCAAUCCAGUGCUCAGAUCUACUGCAUCCAGUCCAUCGGCGAUCCGGCUGGGUUGAACCAUCCGCACCUCGCUGUCAACGGACAAACGGAGGAUUUCUCGCUCUGUGCCAGCACCAGUUCAGGCGCAGAGGCGGUGAUCUAUCAGAGCACUAACGACAACGGCGGAGAGUACGACUACGAUAGCUGCUAUGCAGUCAAUAUCGAAGUUGUGUAUUAG